UUCAAUCCAAACUAAUCUAACGCUCUCGGUGAAGUUUUGCUAUAUAAACCAGUCCCGGGUAAGUUUUCUGUUCAUAAUUAAUUCAGGUGUUCUAUCGCCACUAGCUGCCAAAAAGAAAAACCAAACUAGCCAACAGACCAAUCAUGAAGUGCAUGGUAGCUGCAGUCAUCUUGGCCCUGGCCGUCGUCUCACAAACUGGAGCCCUGCCGUACGGAGGCUGGCCGUACGGUCACUGGGGUGCCCCAACUGUGGUACAAUCGAACGUUCUGGCCCAUCCUUACGGAGCUCUGUCGCAUGCUGCUGUUCACGCUGCCUAUCCAGCCCUGCCAGCUGCCGUGUAUGCUGCCCCAGUUUUGCCACAUGCCCACUGGGCCGGUCCAGUUCAUGGCCCAGUCGCCUCGGUUGCCCACCACGCCGGUGUGGUCCCAGGAGCUACCUCUGUGACUGCUAACCGUGGUGCCGUCCAUGUUGCCCCCUUGCCAGGACAUGCCGUGUCCCAGCAGCAGCUCAAUUUGGCUCCAGCUCCCGGUACGAUUUAAUCUAAGCAGCACAUCACAACGACGGACCUCAGCUAGUCACUGGACCCGCAAGGAAAAGCCAUCCAUCCACGAUCCAUCCACCAAAACCGAUUCAACUGAGUGAGGGUACCUUGGUCAGUUUGGGUCACUCUUAUCUAUCUAUCCGCCAUUCUCUGUACUGUCUAUCACUAUCGUUCUAAAAGCACACUAUCGCAUCUAUUUAUGAUCAUCUUGGACACUGUUUUGUUCUGGAACGCGACGGAAAUAAAAUUGAUUUCUAUGUUUCUUUAUAAA